AUGGCCGUCGAAACCGGGCGCACCUUCACGCAUAACGGCUUCGAGGAUCUACCGCCGGUCAACGACGUCCCCGUGAUGGAAUAUUUCGUCCUCAAGCAAGAAGUCAGCCUCGAGGUUGACUUUUGCGACAAAUGCAUUCACGGCACCACCGACAUCUUCCUUGUGACAUUCACAGACAAGGUUGAGGAGGUCUUCCUCGACGCAGCGCAAUGCGAAAUCGAUACUAGCCGAAUCACGAUCGCUGAGAUGCGUGAAGCCCACGGCGAAGCGAUCGAGGGACCGAAGAGAAGAGCUGCAGCAGAAUACAAUGACCCGUACGAGAAACUGUCCCAGCCCGAGGGCUGGAAUUUGAGAGCAGAACAUUUCGAUGUGCGCCGCAUCCGAGCGCGUGCCGUUUUCCACAGCCGCAAAACCGACGUUCCCGCCGAAAAUAGAGAAUUUGAGGGGUGUACGCCGGUGUACGGGUCUUUGAAAGUGAAGCUACGUGGCAGGGACGACAGAGAUCGGCCGAGGUUGAUCGUUAGGAAGUCAACAUCGAAUCUCGACGGCCCUGACAGGUCGCACAAGCAAUACAAGAUCACUGUCCCCUUUGUCAACAGGAACCCUCGCGACGGAUUGCAUUUCGUCGGAGUGGACUCCUUGGAUGGGCGCUUCACACACAUGUACACCCGUCACUCGAUACAACCGGGCACUGCGAGCUGUAUAUUCCCCUGCAUCGACGACCAUGGCUCACGCUGCGACUGGCGGGUCUCCAUCAAGCACCCUCGGACUCUCGGAGACGCCUUGCAACAAGCCUUGGCAACCAAGAAGGAUUCAGGCACUGUCGACCGAUCAUUCAAGCUCGCAGAGGAGGACAAGCUCCGAGAAAUGUCCGUGGUAUGCUCUGGCUUUCUUGUGGAGGAAACGACAGACCCGGACGAUGAGUCGAUGAAGAUUAUGACUUUUGAGCCUGAGAAGAAAGUAUCUGUGCAGAAGCUGGGGUUUGCUGUUGGACCGUUCGAGCAUAUUGAUCUGUCCUCUGAAUUUCGAACCGAAGAAGAUGAAGUCAAGCUCGGCAUGAGUGCAUUGAAAGUCCAUGCAUACUGCUUGCCUGGGCGCGGAGACUGGGUCAGGCAUACAUCUGCCGCACUUACCAUGUCUGCGGAUUUUCUUACUUACACGUUCGCACGCUACCCGUUUUCUAAUUUCAAACUCUGCUUUGUUGACGACUUAGUCGACGAUACAGUAGCCCUGCACUCAUUAGCAUUUGCAAGCAAUCGACUGCUAUAUCCAGCAGACAUCAUCGACACUGAAAUCGAGGUCACAAGACAGCUCGUCCUUACGUUGACGUCGCAAUGGAUCGGUAUCAACAUGAUACCCAACACACGCAGCGACAUGUGGCUGGUAGUGGGCAUGGCUCACUAUAUGACGGAUCUGUUCAUGAAACGCAUUUGCGGAAACAACGAAUACCGCUUCCGCAUGAAGACCAUGUCAGACAAGCUUAUUGAGCUUGACGUUGGUCGUCCUGCUAUCUUUGACCUCGGUGCCAGCCUACAUCUCGAUGAUGCCGAAAUGGACUUGAUGACACUCAAAGCGCCUCUUGUGUUUUUCAUUCUGGAUAAGCGCAUGAACAAGGCAUCUGGCGGCCACGGACUGACGAGAGUACUGCAAAAACUCUUGACGCGUGCGCAGAUUGAAGGGAGUGACAAAUCUACGAUUCUGGAUACCGAAAAGUUCAAAACGCUAUGCGAAAAGGGAUCUCGGUAUCGCUUAGAGACUUUCUGGAAUCAAUGGGUUUACGGAUCCGGCUGUCCGAGGUUUGAUGUCAAGGCCCGAUUUAACAAAAAGAGGCUAUGUGUCGAAUUGACAUUGAAUCAAGUGCAAUACCAGAAGGCAAAGAAGCCGCAACUUGAAAAGGACGACUUUCUGCGCGAAAUCAAGGAGCGGCGAGCUGAAGUACCACUUGGAGAAACCCAGCCCCUUUUUACUGGCCCUAUGACGGUACGGAUCCAUGAGGCUGAUGGAACGCCAUACGAACAUAUUCUUGAGAUUCGCGAAGAUGCUACAAGAGCUACAAAGUUUGAGAUUCCUUACAACACGAAAUACAAGCGACUCAAGCGAACGCGACGAAUGAAGGAGAAGCACAGCACAGGACAAAGCAUGGAGAUUACGGAAAAUAAUGACGAUGCCUUGCUCUAUUGUCUUGGAGAUGUCUUGCAGACCCCCGAGGAUCAACGCGAGUGGGAACUAAUUGAAUGGGACCCGGAGACGGAGCGGAAAAUGGAUCAAGAGUCUUAUGAAUGGAUUCGUCUCGAUGCAGAUUUUGAGUGGGCAUCUGACAUGACGCGGACGUUGGAGCCGUACAUGUACGUGUCGCAGCUGCAGCAAGACAGAGACGUUGUUGCACAGCAGGAUGCCAUGCUUUACCUCGCACAGGGACCUCUGCAUCCAAUUGCCUCUGGCUUUCUAGUGCGGACUCUCAUCGACCGACGAUAUUUUCACGGAAUUCGCACAAUGGCAGCCGCUGCUCUGACUCGGCAGUCUAAUAUCAAGGAUAUUCCAUUGCUAGGAAUGCGCCAGCUCAUGCGGGCCUUUCGAGAAAUGUAUUGCUACGAACAGACGAACCAGCCUCGACCAAACGACUUCACCGACAAGAAGCAAUACAAUGUUCGCUGUGCAAUCAUCAAAGCUAUCGCUGAGGUUCGCGAUCACACUUACAAAUGCCCGAUGGAAGCGCGCCGUUUCAUCCUCGACCAGCUUCGCUUGAACAACAAUGAAGGCAACCCGUAUUCGGACCAUUUCUACAUUGCUUUUCUCGUCAAAUCACUUGCUACCUCUCUUAUCCCGUCGAAACAAGACGACUGGCUCACUCGGCAAAACAAGAUCCCUAACGAAGAGGAGAGUGCAUUCUUGGACGAAGCACUGGAACAAAUCGAGCGAGUCCUGCGGCGCGAUGAGUGGACCAACUCGUACCAAAACACUUGGACACUGGCUGGAUUAGAGGCAAAACAGCGCUUGAUGAAGGCAGAAGUGAUUCCCAAAAAUUUCACCGACUUUGGCCAGUACCUCUUGGACGGAACCAGAGAUUUGAUCCGUAUCAAAUGCUUCGAAGCCUUGAUUGACCUCGGCGCGAUGAUGGAUCCUACCUUUUUCAGUUUCUUGAUGUAUUCUUUCAUGACUGAUCGCUCUCCCCACGUCCGCUCGAAAUUGAUAGCUGCUCUUGCUCGUGGACUGGCCGCCAUUGCCUUUGGAGAGCACACAAAGGUUGCUAAGAUCGAACCUUCUGCUGAUGAUGGCGAUGGCCUACUGCUUGUGCAAGACAGCGCUCAAGAAAUCGAGGCUAGAAAAGAAAUGUUUGCUCGCAAAGAGAACUUGGACUCUGCUUUGAAGGCGUUGAAGAAGGAAAUGGAAGAGACCUAUGUGGCUGAUGAAAGGCAUUACAGCACUGCGAUGCGCAAAGCCCUGGACCAUCCUGAACUGGGCCGGGCGGAGGUGGAGAGUCUUCUUGACCUUGCUUCCAUGAUGUUUGAGGAGGCCCAGAACUGGGUCCUGACGCUCAACCUCCCCAAGCGCUGGAAGGCAGAGCGGCCUGCGCAGCAACUUGCAAACCGGCUGGUUGUCAACUUCAAGUCUUACUACAAGGUAAAGCCAAAGGUCCCACUGCCAGCUAUAUCAGCAGCACCGAUUGCACCACCAAUUUCGAAUGGAACCGAGUUUAAGAAGCCAUCUCUCAUCGGAAGGACGUCUUCUAUCAAGAUCAGCACCAAGCCGUCUAUUUCUGGUGCCCCGCGAGCAUUGUCCAAGCCGCCGAUUGUGCAAGACUCUAUUGUUGCCCAUAGUCAGCCUCAAACGAAUGGGUCGCCGGCAUCGACCCCAGGCCCGGUAGCUAAGCGGCCGCGGCCAGAGAAGGAGGAGCAUGCAUCGCCGGCACCGAAACGCCCAAAGACGGAAACGCCCAUGGAGGCCAAGGGCCUAUGGAAGAAGAGGCGCAUGGUGACUCUCAGGACUGCAAACCCCAGCCGGCUUGCUGUUAUUCUCGGAAAGUCUCAGUCCUCGACCCCAGCACCGGUCCGAACCGCCCUGCCAGGAAGCACGCGGCCCGAGUCGUCCGGCGAGGACACGCCUCUCAAAAUCCGCAAGCCGCUCCCUUCAGGCGGUGUUGUGCGGCGACCACUCCCCACGGGCGGCGCCUCGUCCACACCGCAGCAGACGCCGGCACCGAAGCCGAAGAUUAGCGUCAGCACAUCGUCUACGCCAUCCGCCGCCCGGCCGGUUUCCACACCGACUCCCGCUUUGGGAGGUGCCGGAAGCCCUGCGCCGGACACGCCAUCAAGUGCAUCCGGGCGACCCAAGAUUAAGAUUGUUCGAAAGCCGCAGCCCCCGCCGCCGGCAUAG